AUGACCGCCAAAACACUGGAGGCUCGGUUUGAGCAUCUCUCUGUCAAGGACGAGAAGGAGAAUGGCGGCAGUGAUCGGACCUACAAACACAAGGGCUCCUCCCUAUCCACAGCCGUCUCAUUGUCCGGCCUAGGUGCGGCGGGCCAAGUAAACAACAGCUCAAAUCGCGCCCACCUGCUGAAGCUGGCACUUCAGAACACCAAUGACAAUAAAACCAACACCAUGAAUUCCCCGGGCAAGGGGUCGCAGAGUAGAUCCACGGCCCGGGGUGAUGAGGCCGACCAGCGCAACUCUACGGUCCUGUAUGACCAGCCCUCGGUACCCAAGCAGCUACACCUGGGAAUGUUUGAGAUUGGAAAGCCUCUGGGCAAAGGCAAGUUUGGACGAGUCUAUCUGGCCAAGGAGCGGUCUUCCGGCUUUGUAUGCGCUCUCAAGGUUCUGCACAAGUCCGAGCUGCAGCAAGGCGGCGUCCAGAAGCAGGUUCGUCGUGAGAUCGAAAUCCAAAGUAAUCUGCGUCAUCCCAAUGUCUUGCGACUCUACGGCCAUUUCCAUGACAGCAAGCGAAUCUUUCUGAUUCUAGAAUUCGCUGGUCGGGGAGAGCUGUACAAGCAUCUCCGGAAAGAACACCGCUUCCCCGAGUGGAAGGCUGCGCAGUAUAUUGCGCAGAUGGCAGCGGCAUUGAAGUAUCUGCAUAAGAAGCAUGUGAUGCACCGCGACAUCAAGCCCGAGAACAUCCUCGUUGGCAUCCAUGGAGAAAUCAAAAUCAGUGACUUUGGGUGGAGUGUCCACGCGCCUAACAACCGACGCCAGACCAUGUGUGGAACGCUAGACUACCUGCCUCCAGAGAUGCUCAAGCCCGGCUCGCAAGACAACUUCUAUAGUGAAAAAGUGGACUUGUGGAGUCUGGGUGUGUUGACCUAUGAAUUUCUCGUGGGCGAAGCCCCCUUUGAGGAUACGCCCGUCAUGACCCAACGGCGGAUCGCUCGGGCAGAUAUGUCCGUGCCGUCAUUUAUCAGUCCGGAGGCGAAAGAUCUGAUCAAGCGGCUGCUGGUCCUGGAUCCCGAGAAGCGGAUUCCGCUGGACGAGAUCCAGCGGCAUCCUUGGAUCGUCAAGCACUGUGUCAAAGAUGACAGGGUGUUGAAGCGGAGUUCCGGCCAGUCCAAGGACGGCAAAGCGUGA